UCAAGUCAAUGAAGUCAAGCAACAAGCAAAAUGGAGGAAAUAUGGGAAAAUGCUUGUAAAAGUGAAAAUAAUUGAAGUUUCGGUUUAGAAAACACGAUUGUGAAAAUUCUGACUGUGUGCCCUUUGAAGAAAUUGCGAUGGAGGCUUAUGCUGGACUUAAUUUUGGUCAUUUCUCAUUGUAUUAGAUCUAAUAGUUAUAAGUUGUUCAAUUAAACGAUUUUUGAUGUAUUUACGUAGAUUUAUAAACUGGAGACUAUCUUUUCAUCAUUUCAUUGUAAUUAAUUUUAUUUAUUUUCAUUGUUGAUGUCCAUUUUAUUAGGUUAGGUUUAGGUCGAUUUAAGUUGUAACAAUGAACAUACAAGUCUGCAGAGAUUCCUCAGACGCUACGGCUCUGUAUUUGCCGCAGCGUUUGUAUCUUAAAUCCUUUGCAAAGAUUAAUAUUUCUGUCCAGCUCCCCUCCCACAAGGUACACGGCAAGUCAAUAUCAAAUUGGGAACUUAUGGAGAAGUUGCGAAAGAUGAUCCUCCCUGAUAAUUUUUCCGUGUUAAAAGUGUCAAAGCAUAGUUCGGAAGUGAUAAGAUUUGAUGCGGAACUAGAGAAUCGUGAUAAUCUCGAGAGAGUGUUGGCGAGGCUCGAGGACCGCGUGAUUCAGUUAAAGGAGUACCCUGACCAGCUAAAAGUCAAGGUCUGUGAAGCCAAGUCUGAGUUUCCUAGUCGUCAUGAUUGGGAUUCGUUCUUUCGUGAUACUACAGAAAUGGAUGAGAUGAAGCCUGGAGAGCGUCCAGACACCAUCCAUAUAUCCAACCUGCCCAUCAGAUGGUUUAUACAUAGUAGAGACCAAGACGAGGAUGCUCUGCCUUCAGAGAGUUUAGUGAAGAAAAUAUUUGAAAAGUUUGGUUCAGUGCGACAAGUGGACAUUCCAGUGUCUGAUCCAUACCGGAUGCAGAUGAAGGCAACUAUGAGGGGCAUAACGACUCCUCCACAGGAGGCUGCUCUGUAUUUUGAGAUCUAUGUACAGUUCAGUGAAUAUGUUGGCUUUGUUCGCUGCAUGGAUGCAUUAAGAGGUCGAAAACUUCUACGGAAGAGAGAUGACAUUGCAGAGUGGUGUGGCAUUAAAGUGGAAUUUGAUAAAACUAAACAUAUGACUGAUGCAGCUGUCAAUCGGAGAUCUAUAGUCCGUGAGAGGCUGGCUUCACGUCAGAAAGUUAAAGAUGAUGAAGAAAGGGCAGAGAAAGAAAGAAUAGCCAGAAAAGAGGUGAAAGAAAGGCAAAAGUAUGAGCGUUCAGAGAGAGAAAAGCUAGAAAAAAUGAGAGAAAGAGAAGAGAGACGCAAGAAGAAACAGUUGGCUAAACUAAUGCAGAGUGAUAACCUUGACCUCAACAGUAAAGUUGCUGAGGAGCAGAGGAAACUUGUUAAAGCCCAGAAGAAGUUGCAGGCCAUUCGGCUCAUUGAAGAAGUGUUUAAGAGGAUUGAGUUGCGACCAGAGCUUCAGCGCAAUGGUAACCGUGAGCAGCACUACUUGCCGGGCGAGAGGAAUGCGCGCGCGCGUAUCAUUGACAAGAUCAAGCGACAACAACAAGACCUGCUGGAGGAACAGAGGCAGAACUACAGUAAUGCUUUGAAUGGUCGCAUAGUAAUUCGAUCAGUGCUUGAAACAAAGAAGCCUAAACGUGACUCUUCAAUGAGCUCUGUAUCAUCAGACGAGCGUGCCAGACGCUGUGAUAGGGAUAACCAUAAGAAAAUUAAAACAGAAAGACUGACGACACCGGAGCGAGAGAUGGAGUAUAAUAAGGCUACGGCUGCGAGUUUGUACAGUAUGCAGCCGUAUGGUUUCGGCUACCCGUUCCCCUGUCCGCCCAGCUACGCCUACCCGCCGCAAACGUCGAUGUAUUACCCCAUGCGCGGGUCGUACUACCCGCCGCAGGGGGAAUACCGCCGCCCGCGGGGACGCGGCCGCGGCCGGGGGAGGAACCCACGGAUGCCGUACUUCGAUGGACCAGACGCCAAUCAUCAGUAUUACAGAUACUUCAAGAAGUUAACUGAGGGUAACCCUCACAGCGAACACGAGGACAGGACGCGCGGUCGCUCGCGGGACUCGCGGUCGCGGUCGCGGCGCCGCUCGCACUCGCGCUCGCACUCGCGGUCACACUCGCGGUCGCGGCGGCGGUCGUAUACGCGCUCGCGAUCUCGCAGUCGCAGGUCUAGGAGCAGAAGUCGACGGUCCAGGUCUAGGAGUAGAAGAUCUAGAUCCUACCACUCACGAUCGCGGUCUCGGUCGCGAUCUCACCGUCGAUCCCGCUCCCGGUCUCGGCGCUCUCGCUCCAAGUCUACCAGUCGACACGACCCACACGACCGAUCUGUAACCAGGAAGGUCAUCUCACCCAACCAGACUGAGUCGCGACGUUCUCGAAGCUGGUCGCAGAAGAAAGACGAUACAGUAACGGCAGAAAGCCCUAAGGACAAAUAAUAUUUAUACAUCAAAUGUAUUCUUCCGUAAAUUAUAUAAAUAAUUUAAUAAG